CCCGGCUCCGGUAGCUAGGGGCUCUGGGAGGCGGUGUUCACAGCUGGGCUGGGACUUCCUUCCUCCUCUGCAGGACAACAAAACAACCCGGCUGCAGGCACUGAGCUCUUGGGAGCUGGCUGGGCGACAGGCGCUGCGAUGGGCUCCGUGCUGAGCAGCGACAGCAGCAAAUCCACGCCGGGCUCCGCCAUCCUCCGGGGCCUGGGGCGCAGGGGGAGCCCCGAGUUGCCAGUCACGUCUUUCGACUGCUCUGUGUGCCUGGAGGUGUUCCACCAGCCCGUGCGGACCCGCUGUGGCCACGUGUUCUGCCGUUCCUGUAUUGCUACCAGUGUAAAGAACAAUAAGUGGACCUGCCCUUAUUGCCGGGCAUAUCUUCCUUCCGAGGGAGUGCCAGCCACUGAUGUAGCCAGAAGAAUGAAGUCGGAGUACCAGAACUGCACUGAAUGCAACACCCUGGUUUGCCUCAGCGAAAUGAGGGCGCACAUAAAGACUUGCAAACAAUAUAUAGAUAAAUAUGGACCCAUACAAGAGCUUGGGGAGACAAGGUGUAUGUGUCCAUUUUGUGACAGGGAACUGGAUGAAGACAGCUUGCUGAAUCAUUGUAUUACCCAUCACAGAUCAGAGAGAAGACCUGUGUUCUGCCCACUUUGCCAUUUACUACCUAAUGAGAAUGCAAGCAGCUUCAAUGGCAGUUUAAUAAGACAUUUACAAGUCAGCCAUACUAUGUUUUAUGAUGAUUUCAUAGAUUUUAAUAUAAUUGAGGAAGCUCUUAUCAGGAGAGUAUUAGACCGGUCACUUCUUGAAUAUGUGAAUCAUUCAAACGCCACAUAAUUUUAUUAAAAGGAAGGGGAAGGAGACCAUACAAUUGCACCAAUUGUUGAGAUGCUGCUUGAAGGAGGGAAAAUGUCAGUGUUUGAUGGGCAAAAUGUACUACCCAAUUAUAUGUUCGUCCAUGUUAAUUGUUAUAUUGCAUUUAAAACCUGCUUUCAUUUUGAUGGUUUAAAUCUACGUUGUGUUCUUGAGUUUCACAGACAGUUAACAAUGAAAAAUAGUCUCCAACCAUUAUUAUGAUGAAAUAGAACACAGAUCUGGGCCCAAGACCUUUGGAUUUAAGUACAUACUGCUCUACUUGGCCUUUAAUAUAAUGUAAAUUUGCUCUCACCUUGAAAUAAUUGAACCAACCCUUACUCACAACAAAGUAUUCAGCACAAACACCUGCACUUGCUGCACUUGCGGUUUUUAAAUCACUGAAAAGGCAUUGAAACUUUUCUUGCACUGAGU